AUGCCAAUCGUCUCUACACUCGAUGUGCGCGAGAACCGUAUCACGGAUAAUGGUGCGAAAGCUUUGCUGGAAGUUCUUCGAUUGCAAAUAAUCGCAGCGAAAAGUUUACCAUCACCUGACUCUCAAACGAAGGAGCUGCUUUGCACACUAAUGCCAACUUACACAAGAUUCGUAGUGAACGUAAACCUAGGGGGUAACGAGGUUUCGGCCUCUGUACUUCAAGAAUUUACGCACUAUUUGAACCUUUUGCGUCGCGAAGACAAACGUUUGGAAAUUCGUGUAGCUUUAAAUCGCGUUGGUCGUGGUAAAUUUGGCGAAGAAGAGUGCAAAAAAGUUCUCAAACUUCUUAGUGCAUCUGUACCAACCAAUAAGGACAUUCGGACAUACAUGCAGCUGUCUUCGGACAUCACUCAGAAUCAGGUUGAUUUGGAAAGUGUUCUACUUGCAAAGUAUCAGGCUUCACCAUCCAAACAAUCGUUAUCGCCACCGUGGGAGGCUUUAGUCCAAGAACGUCACGCCACUCUUGGAGCAUCUAGUACGGCAUCAACAUCACUGCCUACACUUUUUGAGUCUUCUGAUUUUUCUGUUUUUAAAGAUCUUUCCAGUAAAUCCAGCCUUUCACUUUUAAAUUGCGAUCCAGAUAUGUGCAGUGGUCGAUCUUCCGACGUACUAUCGCUAUCUUCACGUACAGAUCAGGUGGCUUCAGUUGCUUCGAUGAAUACUAUGACUAUUGAGUCAGAUCUGCCAACAGCUCCUAUUCCCAGCACUAGUUUUGACUAUCAAUCGGGUGGUGAUAAUGAUCUCCGGCGAUCUGUACAGUCUACAAUAUUAAAUGUUGAUGACAUGUUUCAGGAGCCAAAAAUUAGUAUCUCUGCAGCUUCAUCGCCACGUGAUUCUGACAUAGCCGAUUAUGCUCCGCCAGCAUUUGGUGGAAAUCCGACACGAAGUGAUUCCGAUAAUCAUAUUGUCGUCAAAUAUGAUGAAGAUUUAAUAAGUAAGAAUGGUGGGAUAAGUUUAAUGAAGCAGAAACAGGAUCAAUUGUACAUGCGGGACUUCGACGACAACAACGACCUCUUUGGUCCAAAUUACCAUUACUUCGAAUGUGACACUUCAAACAAAAAAAUUUCAAAAGAGUGUCCUUCUCUUCUGUCUGAACACAGCGCUGGAUCUGAAUCUAUUGCGCGAACUUCGCGAAAUGACAAUCUCGAAGUGCUGGAAUAUCGAAAAUUUGAAGACAGUGGACAAACAGUUCCUUUCUGUAGCAGCAACAUUUGUGUUCUAAAUGACGCGGAAGACAAUAAGGAUUGCAUUGACUCGCUUGUGGUUGACGUGCUGAAAGACGGCAAAGACUGCACUGUGGUGAAAUUGACUCAUCCGGAAUUUAAGAACGGUAUGACUGUCAAAAAAUUUCCAGCUGAACUUCCCUUUCGUAACUUGUUGGCUUUGCUUCUUCCUGGGAAUAGCCUUACAAAUCUUCAACUAUUUGAUGAGUGUCGCUUUCCGUUCGUCACUGUGCUCGAUCUAUCCCAAAACAAAUUAAAAAAGUUACAGGGCGACGGAUUAAUUGCAUUUCCACGACUUGAGGUUUUGAACUUGGAGAGAAAUCAAUUGAAAACCAUUUCUGGACUUACGAGGACAUUUAAACUUCGUGCACUAAGUCUGAGUCACAAUUUAAUUCGAACGCUGAGAAAUAUCGAACACUUGAUACAGCUGGAAAUUUUGAAUUUAUCUCACAAUGUUAUUAGUACUGUCCACGCUCUUCGAAUUCUUUCCCUCAACAAAAUGCUCGUACACUUGAAUUUGGAUGGUAAUUCGGUCGUCGAAACGGAUGAGCGUCGAAAGCGGAGAAAUGUUGUUCAUGUCCGAAAUUUAUUGCCUUCACUUCAAUCCAUGGGCUCGAUUUCGCUAGCUCAUACUAAAACAAUCAAGACUGCCGGCAACACAUCCGAGCCCAGUUAUAAUAUUUUUGACAAUGAUUUAAUGCCUGAGUAUAGAAACAAUUGGGUGACCUGUGCAUGUAGUACGCUCUUGGUCCUUCAACAUUGUCAACCUCGUAGUUUAGUUCAAAAACCGUCUAAUGAUGCUGAAUGGAAAUCGAGGAAUGUAAAUGGAGAGGAAGAGCGACAUAAACUCAUAUUUAGUCGGGAUCAGCAGCGUCAAAAUGACGAAAUGAGAAGUCGAGCACUUGAUUAUCGUUCACGUAAAAAAGUAAUUUCUUCGCCUCUGAUGUUGGUCAAAUCUCUCGACCAACCUCUCAUAUCGUCUGCAAAAAAGCUCAACGGGCAUAGGCCGGCAAAUCCAAGCUUGGUAAGAAAACAGCAACGUCGAGCAAAAGAGCUUAGUGCCCCCAAACACACUCCAGUCAAUAAAAAUUUGCUGCUUGAGGUACAAAACCGAAGAACUCGAGUUGAUUUUCAUGGUGUGCUAUCAGUUGGAGAGAGAUUACAGCUUGAGCAAGAAAUGACUUAUGGGCGAGCAACCGCCACUGUCACCGUCAGUGAACGAUCGCGAUCGAUCUUGGCUAAAGCGGAAAGAAAUCGAUUUUGUACAAAUAUUGCAUUUGAAUCGGAUAUGAAAGAUGAGCUUACUAGAUCAGAAGGAAGUUUGUUGACAAUGUCUCGACCUCCUACUCCACAGUCUUCAUCUCCAUUAAACAAAGCACUGGUGUUUUGUACAAAAAAGACCUAUAUGCCACGAUCUCCAGGAAGAGAUCUCACAUUUGUUGACGUUCCUCCUGACUCACCGAAAACAAAUCAACCAACGAAAGCUGCAUUUUUGCGUGAUCUUGCCGUCUCAGAUUUUCUGGGCCAUGCUAAAGAAGAGUUUUCAACUGCACUGACUGCUCUGAAUGUGUUGCUCUCCAUUAGUGAAAAGGAGCAUGAAGAUAGAAAAAAAGUGGCAGAAUAUCGUGCAAGUCUCGAUGCACUUGACAUUCUCAACGAGCAUGAGAGCCUUAGAUUGUAUAAUUUGGCGCAAAGUCACUCAAAUGCUGAAUUGCAGGCUCAAUGUAUUGAGUGGUUUACCAAAUUAAAAGCUGUGAAGAAGUGCAUGCGUCAACUUUUGGAAAAAUUAGAUUGUCACGCUCCAGGCUCCGAAGCAAUUCGAUCAUAUUGCCAAAUUCUUCGACUGGAUCAACUGCGGGGAGCACAAAACCAGAUAGUGAAGGCUGAAGCUGAAGAACAGUCUGAAAUAGGGAACAAACCAUUAGAAAAUGGCAUAAACGUUUUGAAAGUUGAGACCAUCAAGCCGGGACCGAGUGCAAUCGUACCUCGACCCGUAAGCUAUACAUCUCUUUGUUUUCCGGACAUGAAAACGCACACAGGCGACUACAACUUUGAGGAGAUACCUUCUGACGACCACAUCGCUAAUAUUACUACGAAAGUAGAUUUGCAUUUCUCGAAUCCAAACAUCUCUACUCCGGAAGGGAUUGAAAAGGCAGAAGACGAGGUUGCAGAAACGAUACGUCAGCCGAUCGACAAUAUUGAAGGCGAAUUGACCAAGACUCAGGCCUUGAACUCAAAUACUGUUUGUGAAUCGAUUAACACUCAGACAAACUUUUCAACAGAUAAAAGUAAAGAUCCUGACGACAUGAAUUGGAAUGUAAGUGGUUUAUGUGCUAACAACUUCGAUGGGUUUGCAGAGAAAGUAUCAGCUUACGAAAAUGACAAUGCGCUGAAUGCUAAAGCGAUCAAUGUGGACGAAGGUGAAAUUAACGGUCAGAAAGUUGAAGGAUCAAUCACCGAGUUUUCAGCAUCAACCACAGAUGCGAUUACGCAAAAUGAGUAUGACUGGCUUGUUACGCCGUCAGAUCUUGACAUCGAAAUCGACAAAACAGAUUUGUUUCCACGAGAAAUGAAUGCAGAGUUUGAAAAUGUAAUUGACAAAGGUUUUUCUCAAGAGGAAUGGAGCAAAGGUCAAAACAACAGCUAUUCGGAUUUUGAGGACUCAAAUAUUUACGAUGGAGAGACAGCAAGCCUCGAUGAGAAUGGCGUGCCUUUUACACGCCAAGAAGGCAGGUUUGAUAACUUCGUCGCCUGCGGUGGGAACAGUAAAGUUGUGGCAGAGAAAAUAAAUACUGGUGAGGGAUCUCUCGAGCUUGAAGAAGACACCAUUAUCGAUGACGAGGAAAGCCAAAUAUUUGGUGACUGGGAAAAAGGCUUUGACGCUAAUUCUAACCACCACUAUUGGUUUAAUCACUAUACCGGAGAAAGCACGUGGAUUCCUCCAGAGGGAUGGCCAUAUGCACUGUUUUGUUCUGCAUACGAAGCGGGCAGUGAGAUGCAGCAGCAAGAAAUUGAAUGCGAAAACGAAAUUGUGAUAUAUGAGGAUGGAGAGGUCGGUGGUCAGGCAAAUGAUAAAAGCGCGACAGAUGUUCAAGACUGUGAGGAUGUAGGUUGUCAUCAAUCUUCAAUGCAGGAGAAGUUCGCCGUGGACGCUUAA